AUGAAGUGGCGAGAAAUCGUACUGUCGUUUAUACAAGUAUUUUGACCGGGCAAUAGGUGGGAGAGGAUUUGAUACAUGCGCUGAAGUGGAUGAGGCGACUGUCGGAGCAGAUGAGAAGCAACUCAGAAAACACCUUCAAGAGCGCCGCCUUUGGUGUGCUUAAUGAAGCUGGCAACGUUCAACGACGUAUACGCCAGCAGCUAUCGAAGCCUUCCGCCACCCGUCCUUCUGUUGGGGAGCUUGCUUAGAAGAAACUGAGUAGCCUCUCGCUCCUUAGUAGCCAGCCUUACUUUUCUCCGCGAGAGCAGU